AUGUGUGUGGCUUCAAGAAAAUUUCCUAUUGGUGUUGUUGGUUCUGUGCCUAAUAUCUGUGGUUUAUUGAAGGCCUAUUUUAUCCUUUGUAUUGGUGAUGUGCCUGCUCAAUAA